UGUUCCAUUCAUCCAUCCACCCAUCGAUCAGCUACUUCACAGGCAAGCGAGUGGUAGAGGUUCAGACAUGGCAGCUCCGAGAGCGCUCGUCCUCGGCCUCCUGCUGGCGAUCGCCGUCGCCAACGCUGAGGCGGCGUCCGUCGUCGUCGGUCUGGCCAAGUGCGCCGACUGCACCAGGAAGAACAUCAAGGCUGAGGAAGCUUUCAAAGGUCUCCAGGUGGCGAUCAAGUGUAAGAAUCUCCACGGCGACUAUGAGAGCAAGGCGGUGGGCGGCCUCGACGGCACCGGAGCCUUCAGCGUUCCCCUGGCCGCCGACCUCCACGGCGCCGACUGCGUCGCGCAGCUCCACAGCACCGCCUCCAACGCACCGUGUUCCAGCCAGGAGCCAUCUAAGAUCGUGCCGGUGUCUGAGGGCACCACCACCUUUGGUGUGGUCGCCGGCGCCAAGACGGACGCGGCGGCAUUGCCAGAGUGCGCGUCGGCGACCCUGUGCGGGCCGAUCAAGAAGCACAUCAUCGAGCACUUCCACCACAAGAAGCCCGUGCCACCCAAGCCGGAGCCCAAGCCGGAGCCCCACCCUGACUACGGCCCCGUGCCCAAGCCGGAGCCCAAGCCGCAGCCCCACCCCGACUACCACCCCGUCCCUCCCACGCCCACCUAUGGCGGCGGCGGUGGUGGAUACCAUGGACACCAUUGACUUCGAUCUGCCACCGUCCGGCCUAGCAGUGAAAUUUCAUAGCUUGUUGCUGUCAGUGAGUGAGCGACGUUGCUAUUUAUGUCACGGUUUAGCUUGAUCUUCUAUCAUUCAGAAUAACAGUUGUGAGGGAUAAGUAUGUGUGUCAGGCAAAUGUACGGGUGAUGGGUCAGUUUCUUUUACAAGGUUUGUAAUAUCGGUGUGAUUUUUUGUAAUGAGAGGUUCCUAUAUACUC